CCUUGUGACGUUUUCCAUCGAGGUCAAGGAAAAGUGGUUAGGAAAAGACAAAGGACGUAAUUUUUUUGACUUCGUACGCAGCCGUGGUUUCGAGACGCAUGGAGAGUCAGUGGGUGACGUCACAGUAGCUUUGUCCAUAUUUUUUAGUCUCUGAGAGCUCCCCUCCCCUCCCCUCCCCAACACACACACACCUGCAACAUGCUGCUUCUGAACCUUAACGUAUAGCUAUAUUCUGUUUUCUACGAUAUAAUGAUAUUUAAAUAACUAAAUUAAUGGGGGCACAAUUCAAUGCUCUCUCAACAUUGAGGGGGACAUAAAAAAGACUUUAAAAAGAGUGAGGUCAGGAGCUCUCACUUAGCUUAUCAUAAGUGAAAAAUAAAGUAGUCCCGCCUUUAAUUGAUUUUGAGUGACACUUCUAGCAUACGUGCACUGCAUGAUCAGCUGGGGAGUGAGACUGAAAAGGCAGAAAACAUUCCAUGCUGUGUCAUUUCUGGGUCAUAAUUCUGUCAUUUUGCCUGUGCAGUUGGUCAGCAAUGGCAGAACAUGUGAUGGAGUGGAACUUCAUUCAGCAGCCCAGCAAUGUAACUGUCAGGAGGAAGGAUUCUGUUACUCUGACAUGCAGCAGGCCCCCAUCUCAGGUUUCCUGGUUCAAGAAUAACCGUCUCAUGAAUCCAAUGCCUCACAUUAGCCUACAGAGCAAUGGAGACCUUCUCUUCCACAGAGUCCAGGACAAAGAUAGAGGAAUCUACUUCUGUCGGGCAUCCAUUGCUCACCUAUUCAGAGCUGUGUCUUCCAGGAAGGUUUAUCUGAAUGUACUUGAUCCUCCCUCUCUGGAGAUUUGGCCUGUAAUGGUGACUGCUACUUUGGGAUCCAAGGUGCGAUUCCAGUGCCAGGUAUAUGGAAACCCACCACCUUCCAUUACAUGGUCAAAAGAAGGCUGGUCGGUACUCACAGGAGGAAAAGUUACCAUAGGGGUGAAGAACGCCACCUUGUACCUUUCUUCAGUGAAAAGCUAUGAUGAGGGCUUGUACACAUGUGAAGCAUCCAAUGUUGUAGGACGUGCCCAGGGGACAGCUUCACUACGCAUGGCAGCUGAAGCUGAUCCUGGAGGUUUUACAGCUGGGGACGGAGAGGAGGUGCCUGUGGCCAUAAACAACAGUGCUGAGCAAAAAAGUAAUCCACGACAUCAGCAGGACUUGCUGGAGAGGAUGGAAUCAGCAAUCAAGAGCUUAAAAUUUCCAGAGACCACAUCACUCCCAAGAAAAUUCUCUGUGGCAAGCAGUGUGACCCUAGAUCUGCAGAGUUCACUGGGCAAAGAAAACUCAGCACCCCCUGCAGCCCAGAACCUGCUGCUUGUGAUGGAGUCCAGGCCUUUCCUGUUCCCCUCUCUUAAUGCUGAUUGGACCUCAUCUGGACUGGGUGACAGUUUGAAGAAUUUAGAAGGACUAGUGCUCAAGACAGAAAGGCUUGCUGGUACCGAGGCAUUUUAUGUUCCACUCUAUACACGAAACAUGGCACCUCAAAGCAGCUUGGAUGAAGUAAUGCCAGGGGCUAACACAGAACCAUCUACAAUAUCUACAACACAACUGCUCAUUGGGUCUCAUUUUCUGUCCCCUGACCAUCACUCCUCACCAUCUAAUUUCUACUUUUCACCCCCUGAUGACAAUAAAUUCCUCCCUCAUAUACCUUACUCACUGUCUGUUGACACAGACACUUUCCCCUGUCAAUCUCAAGCACUGUCUCCUGAACCUCAGUCACAGCCUCCCGAUCUCCACUCCCAACCUCCUGGUCAUGAGCCUCCACCCCACAGUCCUUCCCUGUCAGAGGAAGACAGGAUCCCUACCUCAACUGCCGAGGAGCAGAAUGGGAACCAACCCACUUCACCAGCUGAAAACCAUGAAAUACAUCUAACGGACUGCCCCAAGAGGAACACGUCACAGCCUCCCAUGAGGAACAGUGAGGGCAUCAACAGUGUAAUGCCGGAGUCAUAUCCAUGGUUACCAGCACUGGAGAAACACGACAUUCCAAUUGUGGUGGGAGUGGGCGUGUCCCUCAUCUUCAUUUUCAUUACCAUGGCAUUCUACUCUCUAGUUCAAAAGAAUGAACCAGCACCCAUUGGACGAGCAGCACAGAGGAACUUUCGUGGACACAGUGGCCAUCCAGAGACAAGAAGGACAUAUGAGAACAGGGCAUUUGAAAAUGAUGUGGUCGAUGUAACUGAGCAAAACCCCAAUACAAGAACUACAGUCCUCUUACCAUCUACCAACUCCGUAACCAUGGUGAUGGAGCCUGCCUCUGACACUUCAACCAAGCGAGUCCAGUUGACCCAGGGCCAAAUUACCACAGCUGAGCCGGAUCCUGAACCAGAGACAGGUCAUCCUCAGUCACAUCAUCGAUGAAGACAAGUGAGCCCGUUCCACUGGCAGCCAUACAGGCCCAUGCCAUAACACCCCCUCCACCAUGUUUCACGAAUGAGGUGGUAUGCUUUGGAUCAUGGGAAUUUCCUUUUUUUCUCCACACUUUCCUCUUUCCAUCACUAUGGUACAUGUUAAUAUUUGUCUCAUCUGUCCACAAGACUUCGUUCCAGAACUCUUGGGGCCCUUUUAGGUGCUUUUUAGCAAACUGUAAUCUCGCCUUUCAGUUCUUCAGGCUUAUCUGUAGUCCUGCUGGUGUAGUCUUCUACGUAUGACUUUGACACAUCUACACCUGCAUCCAGGAGAGUGUUUUUGAUAUGUCGGGCUGUUGUCAAGGGGGUUUUCUUCACCAAAGAGAGUAUUCUCUGCUCAUCCACUACAGUGGUCUUCCUCAGUCUACCGGGUCUUUUGACAUAAUUUAGUUCACCAGUUGUUUUUUUCUUGUUAAUGAUGAACCAAACUGUUGACUUGGGCAUGCCCAGGGUUUUUGCAAUGCUGCAUCUUCUGCUGGCCUACUCUAUGUCCCAAAAGUUUGCUUUAAAACUGGAGGCCAGGUUGCUUUUAGUUUUUAUGCCCCAAAAGUGUGGAACACACUCCCACAGGAUAUCAGAGACUCUCCCUCAGUUCCAGCCUUUAAAUCACGACUUAAAACAUACUUUUUUAAAAAGGCCUUUUAUUGAGCUUCGUUUUAUUUCCUUUAUUCCCUGUCUGUUUUAUUUUAUUAUUUUUUAAAAAUUAUUAUUUUACUGUUUUUAUUGUUUUAUUGUAUUCCUGGGAUGGAAGGGAGUGGGGAGAAGUUUUAUAAGAAUAUAUGUAUGGUGUAUCCCUGUUUUAUCUUGUGUUAUCAUUUUAUUUAGUCUUCUCUUUCUGUAAAGCACUUUGUAAUAUAUAUACAUGUUUUUCCACGACCUGAUUGCUUUGGUUACAUGCUAUUGAUGCAAGUGACAAAUGGUCUAAAAAGUGCCAUGUAUCAAACAUUGGUUGAGAAUAGCUGUAGGUUUUGCAUUGCAUGUAAAACCCUGGUUUUAUUCCAAUAGUCAAUAUAUAAAUAGUUUGUAUUUUACUACAUGAGCAAAAACACUCCUACGUUCAGAAAUAAGAGAGUUAUUCAACAGAGAUUAUAUGCUGUGUUUUAAUUACUGCAUAUUGCAACUUCUUGUUUCCUGAAGAAACCAUACAUAUAAUCACUUUCAUUGUCUCCAACUAUUUCUGUGGUCCCUUGUUGUUGUGUAAACAUUUAUUAAGUAUUUGAAAGCAUGUUAUUCACAGAGGCUAAC